AUGACAAGAGGUGAGAAAAUAUUUGUGUUUGACUUAAACGGAACUUUGCUAACAAGAGUCAAAGAAAACAAAGGAGAGCAUCUAAAAGUAAGAGAUGCAGAUGAGAUACUCCCUUCUAGAGGAGACCUGAUAUACAUCAGACCGCAUUUGGACGCACUGGCAUCAUACUUGCACGAGAACAAGAUAAAGUAUGUCCUGUGGACCACUGCGAUGGAGCACAACGGAGUCCAUCUGGUGAAUGCAGUGAAAAAAAGAGGUUUGGACAAGUAUCUAGGCACGCUCUUCCACUCGCACUCUACGCCUGUUGUGAGCCAUCCAUUCAAGCGCGCAAAGAACAUGAAGGUUAUUGCAGACCUAUACAACACAGAGAUAGAAAAUGUGUUCCUAAUCGACGAUGAGAUAAUAAAAUGCGUGCCAGAGUCUGCCUACAUACCCAUCUCUGAGUACAGCCCAAUGAACACAAAAGACGACGCACUUCUGCAGAUAAUAGAAACCAUCAAGGAGCUUGCACAGUAA